CUGCCCUGGCCCAGCAGGCUAAGCACUUCUCAGCCCUGCAGGAAGUCAUCAAGGCCCUGCGCCUGGCCAUGCAGCUGGAAGAACAGGCUAGCAAGCAAAUAAACAUCGAGAAACGACACCAUUGAUGACUUCAAAUAAAGAUCUGUUUGGUAUCAAAAAAAAAGAGUGUCAUCAAGGCGCACCUUCGUGCAAGCCCUGCCAAUCACCCCUUGAGAGCAAGCACCGCGUGGCCUCCGGGCAUCACAGAUGGAACCUGUGUCUUGUGGAGGGGGGCGCCAAAGACAGGCACGUGCGCGCAUGCGGGGGGUGGGGGUCUUUCCGAGGCUUCCGCCUCCCCGCCUUAGCAAAGUUACCUGGCCCACGGGGGGCGGAGUUAGGGAGUUACGGUCUGUGCGCGCGCCGGCCCCGCCCUCGGUCUCCUCUGGCACCUGUUGGCCUGAGGGGCCGCGGCUGCCACCCAAUAGACAGCCUCCCUGAGCCGCCAGGGCCCCGCCCCCGAUGCGAAGCCACCAAUCCCCGCGUUGCCACCGCCCCUCUGCUCCCUGGCCCCUCCUUCCGCGCGCUUCUUCCGGGCCGGCUGGAGCGGGGGGCCGAGGCCAUGGCUCUCUGGGCGCUGCUCAGCCCUGGGGUGCUGGUGCGGACUGGGCACACCGUGCUGACCUGGGGGAUCACGCUGGUGCUCUUCCUGCACGACACCGAGCUCCGUCAAUGGGAAGAACAAGGGGAGCUGUUCCUGCCCCUCACCUUCCUGCUCCUGGUUCUGGGCUCCCUGUUGCUCUACCUGGCUGUAUCACUCAUGGACCCGGGCUAUGUGACCACGCAUCCCCAACCUCAGGAGGAACCUAAGGAGGAACAGACAGCCAUGGUUCCCCAGGCUAUCCCACUUCGGCGUUGCAGAUACUGCCUGGUGCUGCCCCUGCGAGCCCGACACUGCCGGGACUGCCGCCGCUGCGUUCGCCGCUAUGACCACCACUGCCCCUGGAUGGAGAACUGUGUGGGGGAACGCAACCACCCGCUCUUCGUGGCCUACCUGGCACUGCAGCUGGUGGUUCUCCUCUGGGGCCUGUACCUGGCGUGGUCGGGUCUCCGGUUCUUCCAGCCCUGGGGGCUGUGGCUCCGGUCUACCGGGCUCCUGUUUACCACCUUCCUGCUGCUUUCCUUCUGCUCACUGGUGGUCGGCCUGCUCCUGGCCUCACACCUCUACCUGGUGGCCAUCAAUACUACUACCUGGGAAUUCAUAUCUUCACACCGAAUCGCCUACCUCCGCCAGCGCACCGGCAACCCCUUUGACCGAGGUCUGACUCGAAACCUGGCCCACUUCUUCUGUGGGUGGCCCUCUGGGCCCUGGGAGACCCUGUGGGCUGAAGAGGAGGAGGAAGGCAGCAGCCAGGCUGUCUAGGCUUGCUGAAGAAAAGGCUGCCAUUGUGCCUAAAAACCGGAGGCUGUGCCACUAGGGGUCAGCCCAGUUAGCCUGAGCUCUUUACCCCUUCCCAGGCUACCAGCCCUCAGCAGAGCAUCGGACAGAACCCCCCCACACACACAAGGAAGAUGGAAGAAAAGGACAUAAGUGGGGGGAAGUGGGGAGGGCGCGACACAAAGAGAACCCAGACUCUGCCACACCCCCUGGCCUGGCUACCUCGAAUGUACAGUUUUAUUAAUUUAAUCCUCUAUAAAGGCAAGUAUUAAAAAGACAAA